AUGCCUCCACAACAAGAGCUGAGGUCCCAAAGUCGAAAAAGAAAACGAGCAUUCGAAGCAGUGCCAACUGUAGAGCCAGAAUCGCAACCGCCACAAACGCCCGCCAAACGCCAAAAGCAGUCAUAUUCGUCGCGGAGCAAGACCCCUCCAGAGUUCUGGGACAAGCUUUCACGGGUGCCGCUCUGUCGUCGUGCGCUUCGAGAAUUCAAUAGACGGGAGAUUCGGUCCAUUACCCCACGACGACGCGCAAAGCGUGACGCUGACGACGGUCAAGUCAAGCAGCUACAGCGGUUUGCUCGACGUGGUGGCCCAGACCUUCGCAGUAUCCGAGGGUACCCAGAACAGGAACCACGAGACAAAAUGCCUCCGAAACGUGGUCUAUCUGGUCAAUCCAGCCGGUCCAGCGCCCUAAACUCGAACACGAAACUGACUACAUACUCUUCUAAAGACGCCGCCUUCGAACAAGAACUUAUCGACAACGGUGUAUACCCACCGGGAUAUGACGAUGUCGAGCCAAGCAACUUAGAGGAGAUAAUAGAGAAAUUGGGACAACCUCAGUUCUUGCAUUUCAGGCGCAGGAAUGAUGAAGCCACGACCGAAGCGGAAGUCAUGAGCCAAGUCUUCCCAAUGAUCACAGGCAAGACCAAGAUCCCAUCGGGCUACAAUCAGGUAUUUAACAACCUUGCGCCACUUGGCGACCAUAUCUCCAACCCACAGCCGGACUACUUCAAUGGCUCUCGCACUGCGGAGAUCGGCCCAAACCAGCGACACCGUCCCGCGCUCCUGAACUUUUUCACUAAAGCGAAAGGCCCGGACGGAAAGGCGUCGGAAGCCAAGCGCCAGAUCAUGCAGGACCUCGCUGCAGGUGCCCGGGGAAUGCACAAGAUGCAGUCCUAUGAGCUGGACGAGCCUGUGUUUGAUAAUAAGGCCCAUACGUUCGGAUCGACAUACCACAGCGGCUACUUGCAGCUGUACGCGAUGCAUCCGACCGAGCCGGCGCAGACGGACAGGCAGCCUGAGUACCACACAACCAAAGUUAGAGGCUUUGAUUUGACCGACAAUCUGGACACUCAUCGCCAAGGCAUUGGAGCAUUCCGCAAUCUGCAAGAUUUCGCCAAGGAAAGGAGAGAUGAGUUCAUUGCGUGUGCCAAUGAGAGGGCGGAUAACGACGAUGAGCCCGAGGUCGCUUCAGCCGACGCUUACUUGACCUCAUUCGUCUCGACCAGCCAGUCCGCGCAAAGUGAACUCUUCACAGCUGAUUCUGACCGUGAAGAAUCGGAUUCAACAUCAAUAGACGAGCUUGCAAUGCCAGCACCGCCGACAAAACGCACAAGGGCACGCCAGCCCGGUCGUAAGAAGCAUAAGAGUAAGAUUAGCGACUUGCUGGUUGACGAGGACGAUGAAUAUCGGUGA